GUGCCCUGGGCUCGGGGGAGAUGGUGCCGGCUGUGUCCGCAGACUGCAGCUCCACCAGCUUCACUCCUCUGGUGGUGCUGGAGCUCGCCUCCGACACCAAGCAGGAGGCCAUCGCCUGGCUGCUGAGCAGGAUCAGAGACCCUCACCAGAAUGGAGGCAUUGAGCUGCUGGUGGAGCAGCUGGGCCUGGGAGACGGGGGUUCGGAGAAGGAGAACCCCAACCUGUUCCUGGUGGGGGCCAAGUGGCAGAGGCUGCUCUCUGGGGCGGAGGAGGUGGGCCUCUUCAAGGAGUUCAGUGAUGGAUCCAUGAGAGGCUUCACCUGCGCCAACAAACACAACUUCAAACACUUCGAAGGGGACGGGGACUCCUUCCUCAGUAUGGCUGAGUGUCAGUACAUCAUCAAACAUGAGCUGGACACACUCCGGGCCAAAGAUGAGACUCAUGUCCCAGGACACCCUCAGGCCAAGCUGUACCCUGGGAAAUCUAUCAUUCGCAGACUGCUGUCCAAGGGGGUCCUGAUCCAAGUGUUUCCACUCCACGAGAAAGAGGAACUGAAGAGGCUGUCUUACUCCUGGUAUCAGAAGAUCAAGUUGUCCUUCCAGCCUCUGGAUGACAUCAGACGCUACUAUGGUGAGGGUCAGGCGCUCUACUUUGGCUUCCUGGAGUACUUCACCUUCGCCCUGGUGCCUAUGGCUCUCAUUGGCGUGCCUUACUACCUGUUUGACUGGGAGAACUACGACAAAUACGUCGUCUUUGCUGUGUUCAACUUGGUCUGGUGCACCGUUAUCCUGGAGUUAUGGAAGCGCUUCAGCACGUCUCUAGCCUACAGCUGGGGCACGCUGAGCCGGAAGAAGGCCUUUGAAGAGCCGCGGCCCGGGUUCCACGGCGUGCUGGGCUUCAACCCGGUGACGGGCCGCGAGGAGCCCCUCUACUCCAACACCAAGAGGCAGCUGUGCGUCUACCUGGUGUCGCUGCCCUUCGUGCUGCUCUGCCUCUACCUGUCGCUCUACGUCAUGAUGAUCUACUUCCUGAUGGAGGGCUGGGCGCUGUCCGUCCACGACGAGGAGCCCACCUUCUGGACGAGGGUCCUGCUGUUCAUCCCCAGUAUUAUCUAUGCUGUCGUCAUAGAGAUCAUGAACCUGGUCUACAGAUAUGCUGCUGAGUUCCUCACUGAGUGGGAGAACCACAGGCUGGAGUCUUCCUAUCAGAAUCAGUUGAUCCUCAAAGUAUUAGUAUUCAACUUCUUCAACUGCUUCGCCUCGCUCUUCUACAUCGCCUUCGCGAUGCAAGACAUGGCGCUGCUCAGGCAGAGUCUGGCCACAUUGUUGAUCACCAGUCAGAUCCUGAAUCAGAUCAUGGAGGCCUUCCUGCCCUACUGGCUCCAGAGGAGACGCAACAAGAAGAUGAUGCGUAAGGUCCAGAAGAGAAAAGCCGUGGCUGAGGCAGAGCUGCCUCUGGCUGAGCAGGUCCGGCUGGAGGCCGACAUGAGCACCUACUUGGGCACCUUCGACGACUACCUGGAGCUGUUCCUGCUGUUUGGAUACGUCAGUCUGUUCUCCUGCGUCUACCCUCUGGCUGCUGUGCUGGUGGUGCUGAACAACAUCACAGAGGUGUACUCUGAUGCCUUCAAGAUGUGCCGCGUGUUCAAACGGCCCUUCUCUGAGCCGGCAGCCAACAUCGGAGUCUGGCAGCUAGCCUUUGAGGCUAUGAGCGUGAUCGCCGUGGUGACCAACUGCUCUCUGAUCGGCAUGUCUCCACAAGUCAAGGCUUACUUCCCCGAGUCAGAGACGCAGCUCAUACUGUGGACGGUGGCUAUUGAGCACGGGCUGUUGGCCUUCAAGUUCAUCCUGUCCUUCAUCAUCCCAGACGUCCCCAAACACAUCCAGAUCAAGCUGUCCCGCCUGGAGUUCGAAUCCCUGGAGGCCCUCAAGAAAAAGAGGCAGCUCUAUGUUGUAGGAAAAUGCUUGAAGCCUCGGAGCUCACAAAGGGGAUCCAGUGAGGAGAAAAGGAGGUGAAGAGGAGAGGAGGCGAGGAGACGACAGGAGAAGAGGAGGAGCUAAUGGAACCUACGCCUGCCUCCGCUGCACACAGCUUUAACACAUCACCCCUUCAUGUAUGUUUCUUACGCUGCUUAUAUGCACAGCAUCGCUGGAUGGAAACAAUGUCUGUAUUAAAUACAGACAGUAUUAAUUAAUACUGGCCUUUGGGAUUAUGCAAAUGUUGUCAGAAUGUGUCAUCUAACUAUGAGUUGAAGGGUGAGGGUUGAAGCUCAUCGGGAGGCAAAACGUGGCCCCAAAAGAUUUCUAAUAAUAUGUAAUUACUACUGGAGUGGAAUGUCCCUCACAAAUAAAAACUACAAAAUUAAAGACUCAUAAAUUAAGAUAGAACAUUCUAUUGUCCAAAAAUAUAUAUUUUGUUACUCAGAUGCUGGUUGGAGCUUUACAUCUAAAUGUGUGACUUUGAAGUUGCUAUUUUGGAAAAUAAACCAUAUAAAUUCAGAUUUUGAAAUAUAAAUGUUUACUCCCUUAAAUCAAUGGCUGUUAGAUUUCAAACUGAGGUGUUAUGUAGGGAUUAAAUCCCACUAUUCAGUAUUCAGAUGCUUGUAAACAUAAUGCUUCCCAGACUGACCAGGACAGAUGUAGCUGUGUUGGGCUCAGCAUGCUACCUCAGGUUGUGGAAAUUGAUGUAAAGUAUUAUGCAGAAAAUGUGAUGCAGCAUAUUUUUGGUAUAUUCAUUUUAAUGUCACCCAUAUAUAAGAGGUGUAUUGCAUCAUGUUAUCCCUAAUAUAUGUGUGGGUAUAUACAUUCCUGUGUGUUAAUAGUUGAAGGAACAAAGUACAUUUUUCCUCUUAAAUAUAGAGGUUUUUUAUAGAUUCCUGAAACAAUGUUCCCUUUUUCUUAAAAGUAGAUUAGCGCAAUAGUCUUUUUCUUCCACUUUUACCCUUUUAUCAAAAGGGUGUUUUUAGGCUAUUUUUGAGGAGGUAAAAUGCAGAAUCACUUGUGAGUUCUGUUUUGAGUGAAAAGAUUACCCCUUUGAGUGUUUUUCUUGGUUAACCAUUAAUAGGCUUUGCAAAUUAACAAGAGAACUGCGAGGCACAUUUUCCUCAGAUAUAAUGGUGAAAUUCUUCUUAAGUUAAUGAUGCGCAUCCUGCAGGCCUUGAGAAUUGAGUCACACAGUUAAGAGAGACAAUGGUCCUUCUGAUUCUGGGUGAGCUGACUUCGGGUGGAUGGAAGUUCAGAGAGGGCCUGGUGGUAUGAAGACAGUUAGGCGUUGUUGGUUAGCUGGCCCUGAGGAGGUCAUGAGAUGAUGACUGUUAAAUUCCCAACAAGUAUGGCUUUCAUAAAGAAACACCUAUGACUCUUGUGUGAUAAGCUACAUGAUAAGAUGUGUUUUGCUGCAAACUGAGCCUGUUUGGUUCUCUGCUGGCACGGCUGAUUCGCUGUGACACAGCAUCUUUUGCAUCUCCCAAUGAGAUGACCUGAAAAGAUGACCAGCUGACCUAACCCUUCCUGUUUGUUUUGGUAUGAAAGCCUGGUCGGCCUUGGGUUCUCUCUCUCUUCUCGGGCUGCCAGGACCGAAGGAUCUAAGCAGCACGCGAACAAGGGCAGGAGUACUCCUUACAUUACAGUAUAUUAUAUUGUAAUGUAUUAUAUUGCAUUGCAUUAUUACCUUUUAUAAUUAAAACAGAUUAUUGUUUAACUGGUAUCCUGGUGUUUUCUGAUUUCCUUCCUGUUAUGAUUUUAAGCAGGACUCGCCAAAACGACACGCGGAGCCGAGUUGGGUUGUAAAAACCUCAAGACUCACAACAAGGUGAAGAUGAGCACUCAGUGCCUUAAAUGCAAUGCCUAUAUCAAUGAAUGUGUGUUUGUGUGCUCUGGUGUUUACAUGUUCUACUGUAUUGAAGUGUUGAUGGGAAUAAAGCAGAUCAAAGCUUCUACAGAAGGAAAUGAAA